AUGUUGUGUAGCAUGCUGGGACGCCUGUUUGAACCCUACAUUGUUCACAUAAUCCAGCAUCUGCUGCUGUGUUUUGGGGACAACAAUCAGUACGUCCGUGAGGCCGCUGAUGACUGUGCCAAGUCUGUGAUGAGGAACCUGAGUGCCCACGGGGUCAAGCUGGUGCUGCCGUCGUUGUUGAAAGGAUUAGAGGAGGAUGCCUGGCGGACAAAAGCAGGCUCGGUAGAGCUGCUGGGAGCCAUGGCUUUUUGUGCCCCCAAACAGUUGUCGGCCUGUCUGCCUAGCAUCGUGCCCAAGCUGACUGAAGUCCUGACUGAUUCCCACAUGAAGGUGCAGAAGGCGGGCUCACAGGCUUUGAUGCAGAUCGGAUCUGUCAUCAGAAAUCCAGAAAUUCAGGCCAUUGUCAUGAACCUGCUGGAGGCCCUGCAGGACCCCACCAGGAAGACCACAGUCUGCCUGGAGAAGCUGCUGCAGACCAAGUUUGUCCACGUGGUGGAUGCCCCAUCUCUGGCCCUGAUCAUGCCCGUCAUCCAACGGGCAUUCCAGGAUCGAACCACCGACACCCGCAAGAUGGCCGCUCAGAUCAUGGGCAACAUGUACUCACUUACAGACCAAAAGGACUUGGCCCCCUACCUGCCGUCUGUGAUCCCGGGUCUCAAACAGUGUUUGCUGGACCCAGUCCCAGAAGUCCGCAGCGUCUCAGCCCGGGCACUGGGAGCCAUGGUCAGGGGCAUGGGGGAGAACAUCUUCCAGGAUCUGCUGCCCUGGCUCAUGGAGAAGUUGGUCUCUGAGCAGAGUUCUGUCGACAGGUCCGGGGCUGCCCAGGGUCUCAGUGAAGUCAUUGGAGGAAUGGGAGAGGAGAAGCUGAAGAAGCUCAUGGGAGACAUCAUCCAGACGGCCGAGAGGACUGACCUGAUGCCUCAUGUCCGGGAUGGCUACAUCAUGACCUACAUUUAUUUACCCUCAGUUUUUGGGCCCACCUUUGUUCAGUAUGUGGGCCCCAUUCUUCCUUCCAUACUGCAGGCUCUUUCGGAUGAGAAUGAGUUUGUUCGUGACACGGCCCUUCGUGCUGGCAAGCGAAUCAUCAACCAGUACGCUGAGACAGCGGUGGAGCUGCUGCUACCAGAGCUGGAGCGGGGACUGUUUGAUGACAACUGGAGGAUCAGAAACAGCUCGGUACAGUUGCUGGGAGACCUGCUCUACAAAGUCUCAGGUGUAUCUGGUAAGAUGACAACAGAAACUGCUAAUGAGGAUGACAACUUUGGCACCGAAUCCUCCCAACAGGCAAUACUUCGCUCGCUGGGUAAAGAGCGCCGCAACCGCGUAUUAUCUGGCUUGUACAUGGGUCGCUCUGACAUUGCCUUGAUGGUACGACAAAAUGCCCUGCAUGUGUGGAAGAUCAUCGUGUCAAAUACACCACGCACGCUACGAGAGAUUCUUCCAACUCUGUUUACUCUGUUGCUCGGAUGUCUAGCUAGUACCAGCCAUGACAAGAGAACGGUGGCCGCACGUACUCUGGGUGAUCUGGUGAGGAAACUGGGAGAGAGGGUCCUGCCAGAGAUCAUCCCCAUCCUGGAGAGUGGUCUGGACUCAGAGGAUGCUGACCAGAGGCAAGGAGUUUGUAUUGGACUCUCGGAGAUCAUGGCCUCCACCAGCAAGGACCAUGUGUCCGUGUUUGCUGAUAGCCUGAUCCCAACAGUUCGGCGAGGACUGAUUGACCCCCUGUCUGAUGUUCGAGCGGCCGCCGCCCACACAUUUGACAAUCUUCACCACAAUAUUGGCCAGCGGGCAUUGGAUGAGAUCUUACCCACCUUACUCAAACACCUGAAUGACCCUGAGAUGUCUGAGCGAGCUCUGGACGGCUUGAAACAAGUUAUGGCAGUCAAAAGUCGAGUGGUCUUACCCUACCUCGUCCCUCAGCUGACAGCAACACCUGUCAACACCAAAGCCUUGUCUCUCCUGUCGUCUGUCGCUGGAGAAGCCCUGACCAAACACCUGGGCAAAAUUUUACCUGCAUUGAUGUCAUCUCUGAGUGAGAGGAUCGGCACACCAGAGGAGGAUCAGGAACUAGAUUAUUGCAAGUCUGUAGUCUUGUCUGUGGAGGAUGAACUGGGUGUGCGCACCGUCAUGGAAGACUUGCUGUCAGUGAUCACACACAACACUGACGCGCCAGUCUGCACAGCAGCGGUCCUCAUUCUCAACACUUUCUGUGCCCACACGGAGGCCGAUGUCAGCGAGUACCUGCCCCAGCUGUUCCGGGGCCUGAUUGGACUGCUGGCCCGCAAUGAUGAGAAGUUGUUGCUGGCAGCCUGGAACUGUUUGGAUGCAAUUACCAAGAAAAUUGAUGUUGCUAACACUGAGGAGCACAUUGUCAGUGUACGGCAGGCUCUCAAGUUCACCUUGCUGGACUUUAAGGGCAAGGAGUUGCCCGGUUUCAGCAUUCCCAAGAAGGGUAUCGCACCAGUCCUACCAAUCUUCAGAGAAGGACUUCUCAAUGGAACAGCUGAGGUCAAGGAGGCAGCAGCCCUGGGUCUAGGGGAGGUCAUAGCCGUCACCGGCUCCGAAGCUCUCAAGGCAUCCGUGGUCAACAUCACUGGACCCCUCAUCCGUAUCCUUGGUGACCGGUUUGCCUGGACGCUUAAGGUGGCGGUGCUGGACACAUUGUCUAUGCUACUGGUCAAGGUGGGGAUCAUGCUGAAACCAUUCCUGCCACAACUACAGACCACAUUUGUCAAGGCCAUCAAUGACCCGCACCGCACUGUCCGGCUCAAGGCUGCCUCGGCAUUGGGCAAGCUGAUUCUGAUUCACCCCAAGGUGGAUCCCCUGUUUAAUGAGCUCAUCACCGGUUUUAAGAACUCGGAGGAUGUCAGUGUUAAGGACACAUUUGUGCAGGCAAUCAGAGCUUGCCUUGAAGGGGCAGGUUCCAAGAUGGCAGAUUCUGGACGCAGGCAGCUGACCCAAACUUUGGUGGGAAUGCUGGCAUCUCCUGAAGACAGCACUCGGAUGACAGCAGCAGGCUGUCUGGGCACUCUGUGUGCCUCACUUCCCGAUGCUGAGCUGUCUGAUCUGAUGAUCCAGCAUUUAUUGGACACUGACCCCAGCCUGGACUGGACGGUCAGACAUGGCCGCAGCAUGGCCCUCAGCGUGUCCUUGAAAGAUGCUCCAGACAGAGUGUGGACACCAGCUCUAGAGAAAAGUGUGGAGUCCACCAUCACUAAACUGAUUCUUGCAGACAGGAUCCCAAUCUGCCUGAGUGGGCUGAGAGCCGCUGGCCACCUGCUGAAGUACUUGCUGAACAAGGACACAAGCUUGAAGGUUGUCACAGAACUGGAGGCUCUGUUCAUGAAG